AUGGGCAUGAACAACCAGCAAGCCGUCACAACGCUGGCCCUGAGGGGCAUCUCCAAGAACUACACGGUCAGAACGGUACAGUAUUUCUUGGACACAGCGUGUGGAGACUUCGAGUGGAAGCGUUACAACUUCCUUUAUCUUCCACGGCGUGGACACUCCCAUUCGGGCCUUGCGAUCGUCAACUUCAUCGACGCACAAAGCUGUGCGACGUGCGAGUGGCGUCUUCGUCUGCUGCAAAGCGAGGGCGCGAUGAGUGGCAUCAAGUCAAUCGGAGAAUCUUAUAUCCAGGGAUUUGCACAGAACCUUGCGUAUUACGCGGCGUUGGUGAGCGAAGAUGCUCGGGAUGCUAGCCACGUGCUUGUGUUGGUCCCGGCCUUAAUGAGGAGUGUUCAGAUCGUGAUGAUCGGAGAUCUCACGGCCCAGCUGGGAUGGUUCGACGACGCGGCAGCACGAGUGAUGCUGUCGUUCUUCCCGGCCCAGGCUUUCCACGUGCCCGAGUUCCAACGGAUGAGGAAGCUGAGCAGAUUCGACGCUAUUUCCGGUUGCAAAGGUCUUUGCUCCCGUUUCGACUUAGAUGGACACUGGAACAUUCCCCCUGUGGCCCGCCAGCCUAUUGACAGCAGACACAGCGGCUCAACCCAGAUCUCCAUGCUGUUUCCACACCCGUACACUGGCGCAGACAUGGUCUGGCUUUCGGAUGUGCGGCAUCAUCCUCGGCUGUCCUUGCUGCACCCUGUGAGCAUGCAGCAUGCACGGAAAGAGAAAGCGGCGGGUGCACUACGCCAGAACGUGGUGAGCCCGGAGGAGAUGCUCACUUCUAGCCGGGUUGAAAAGUUGCGGAUCGGGCGGAAGCUAGGACUGACUUGCGGGCUCUUGGUCACUCGCAGCUACACAGGUCAAAUUCAGAUCUUGGAGGCUUGGUACGGCCACCCAUCCGACCCCAGCCGGCGCAUCGACGUCUCAGCACGUGUGUCCGAGUUUCUGCGGGGUCCUGGGCCCAUGGGUGCCGGGUUGGCGAACUUGGUGCGCGAAGGCUGCUACAGGGGCGACCAAGUCAGGUUGGAAGCUACCUCCAGCUUUUGGGGCCAGGACCCAGCACCCUUUGUCUGGAAGAAGCUCACGGUUCGCUACCGAUCACCUUCACAUUGA